CUAGGGGCACGUCCGGCCAUCUAAAGAUAGUAAGUCCAGGUCCACCAUCCAAUCUUCCACGUGGACGGUCAGAGGAAGGUGGUCCUGUCAUAUCAUUUCCCGCCAAUAAGAGGGAUUUUCAAAAUCCGCAUAAGAAACCACAUUUCGCUGCAGAAUGCCGAGAGCUCUUCCCCGUAUCCCAUCUUCCAAACCCCCCACCUUCCAAAAUCUCAUCUCCCAACUCAACAGCUGCAUCUCAACCGUCAAUCUCCGCCCCCUCCAUGCGAAAAUCCUCAAAACCCAAUUCUCCAAAGAUCAUUUUCUCCUCACCCGGAUCGCCCACGCCUACAUCCGAUUGAAUGAUCUCCCGCCAGCGAAACGGAUCCUCACGAAAACUGUUAAAAACCCGCCCGUCUUCUUGUGGAACGAGACAAUCAAAGGGUACGCGAGGAAUGGGCUUUUCAGGGAAUCCAUCGAUCUGUAUUACGCGAUGGCGAGCUGCGGCGUCCAGCCCAACGAGUUCACUUUCACGUUCGUACUGCCAGCUUGCGCGGGUGCGAGGUCGGUUUUGGACGGUCGGAAGGUACACGAUGACGUCGUGAGGCUGAACUGUGAGUCGAAUGUUUUUGUUGCAACAGCAAUUAUCGACAUGUAUGGGAAAUGUGGGGAGAUCAGUCUUGCAAGGGAAGUGUUCGAUAAAAUGCCCAAGAGAGGAACAGCUACUUUCAACGCUAUGAUUGGCGGGUAUGUGGUGAAUGGAGAGUGUGACAAAGCUUUAUCCCACUUUAAUCAGAUGCAGAAGUCAGGGAUCCAAGCUGAUGUGAUUACGGUGGUGAGUGUCCUCCAAGCUUGCGCGGCUCAAGGAGCUCUACAGCAGGGGAGGUGGAUCCAUGAACAAAUCAAAAGAACUAAAAUGGAAGUCAAUGUCUAUUUGGGUGCAGCUCUGAUUCACAUGUAUGCUAGGUGUGGUAGUAUAGAAGAAUCGUGGAGAGUCUUUGACCAGAUGCCUCGGAAAGAUCUAAUAUGUUGGACGGCGAUCAUCUCUGGCUAUGGAAUGCAUGGGUUUGCUGAAGUUGCAGAAUCGCUUUUCGUCCGCAUGGUGGGGUCUGGGAUUAGACCGGAUGCGGUGACCUUCGUCGGGGUCUUGUCAGGUUUCAGCCAUGGAGGUAUGGUUGAUAAGGGGUGGCAAUAUUUCAAGAAAAUGUUGAAUGAGUACUCCUUGAGGCCCGGCUUAGAGCAUUAUAGCUGCAUGGUUGACAUGCUCGGUAGAGCUGGGAGGCUAGAAGAUGCUGAAGGGCUUGUGAAGACAAUGGCAGUGGAGCCGGAUGCUGGUGUGUGGGGCGGGUUGCUAAAUGCUUGCAAGAUUCAUAGAAAUGUUGAGAUGGGUGAGAGAGUAGUCAAAGAGGUGCUGAGGGUGGACCCCGCUAAUGCAGGUUGGUAUGUGCUCAUGUCAAACAUUUAUGCGAUGUCAGGGAAAUGGGACGGGGUGGCGAAGAUGCGGUUGAUGAUGAGGGAGAGAAAGGUGGCUAAGCCUCCUGGGUGGAGCUCAAUCGAAGUCGCCGGCCAAAUUCACAGCUUCCUAGCAUUUGAUCGGUCGCAUCCAAGGUCAGGAGAGAUCUAUGAGUUCUUGAAGGAUUUAGAAGAUCGGAUGAGAUUAGAGGGAUAUGUUGUGGAGACGAGCUGCGUGCUUGGCAAUGUGGAUGAAGAACUGAAGGAAGAUAUGUUAUGCGGACACAGCGAAAGAUUGGCGAUUGCAUUUGGGAUCUUGAGCACAGAAGAAGGAGACGUGUUGAGGGUGAUGAAGAACUUGCGAGUGUGUGUGGAUUGCCACACUGCAACGAAAUUCAUAUCAAAGAUUGCAAGGAGGGAGAUCAUUGUUAGAGAUGCGAAUCGGUUCCACCAUUUUAGGGAAGGCAUGUGCUCUUGUAGAGAUUACUGGUGAUCAUGGUUGAAUUUAUGUGCUCUUUAUUUUGGCGGUAGGCCUACAUUCUGGGAUGAAUUAUCCCCAUCCUGAUGCACCCAACUGAUACUAGUGGCCCCAUGGUUCAGUGAUCCAUGCCAUAAUGGGUUACUCCCCAAAAUUCUAACAGACUGGAUAAUCCUAGCCCUUGAUCAUUUACCCACAAAUGGAUGUUUAAGAAACAGGAAAGAAAAGAAAAACACAGCAAUUGUCUGGGAAAGGGCCAUUGUUCGGAUGGUGACGAUUUUUUAAUCCGGAUGAAUUUUCCAGCAUGGAUCUAUGUCCAGAUGCAGUGCAUCACACUGGAUGAUUCCUCAUGUUCCGAAAUUACCUCCUAUGGGCUUAUUGGUUCUCAAAAUGGGGCUGCACGUUAUCGAAGGUGUGAUUAAGUUGGCCUUCUUGGGGCAGGCUGGGGUUGGAGAUGUACAGUUUUUAGGAGAUUUUGAUAAUUUAAACAUUGGUAUGUCUUCUAUAGGAUGGCUUUUUGAAUCCCUUACAAUUGAAGGUGAUUCUAGUAAUGCUAUGGAGUUCAGUCAUGUGUUCUGCUGGAGGCAAAUGUGAUUGUGGCUGUCUUAAUGUAUAGCUGUAAUUUCUACUUCUUUUAAUAAAACUGUAUUACCCAUGCAACA